ACCCGGAAGUUUCACAUUAGAGGCGAGCAUGCGGUGGUGUGGGUGAGGCGCUGGGAUGGGAACGGGAGCUGGUCCUGGUGUGAUAGCGGCACAGCGCUGGUGUAUAUUGUACUCUAGUCACAGUCACCAUCAUAUGCUGCAGGGAAUGGCAUGUAACUUAAUUAUUCUCCUUCAUUACACAUGGUCUCCAUCAUAUACCACAGGGAAUGGCAUGUAACUGAAUUAUUCUCUUUCAUUACAUGUCUCCAUCAUAUACCACAGGGAAUGGCAUGCAACUGAAUUAUUCUCCUUCAUUACAUAUGGUCUCCAUGAUAUACCACAGGGAAUGGCAUGUGACUGAAUUAUUCACCUUCAUUGUGGUCCAGUUAUAUAGUCACCAUCAUAUACCACAGGGAAUGGCUUGUAACUGAAUUAUUCACUUUCAUUGUGGUCCAGUGAUAUAGUCACCAUCAUAUACUAAUUAUUCACCUUCAUUGUGGUCCAGUGAUAUAGUCACCAUCAUAUACCACAGGGAAUGGCAUGUAACUGAAUUAUUCUCCUUCAUUGUGGUGUAGUUAUAUAGUCACCAUCAUAUACUACAGGGAAGGAAUGACAUGUAACUGAAUUAUUCUCCUUCAUUACACAUGGUCACUCACAAUCAUAUACUACAGAGAAUGGCAUGUAACUGAAUUAUUCACCUUCAUUAUAUAUGGUCACCAUCACAUACCACAGAGAAUGGCAUAUAACUGAAUUAUUCACGUUUGUAGACUCCCCAAUCAUACCAUCAUCAUCAAAUGUGACCGUGAUUGACAUGUAUCUGAAUAACUGAUGUUUAUUGACUCCCCAGUAAUACCAUCAUUAUCAAAUCUAACAGCGAUUGACGUGUAACUGAAUUAUUCACGUUUAUUGACUCCCCAGUAAUACCAUCACUAUCAAAUGGGACAAUGAAUUAUCCACACAUUUAUACUCUCCUGUAACACAGAUACCAUCAAAUUUAGAAUAUGUCAAACAAAGGAAUUAUUCACAUAUUUGUUGGAGCUCCAGUCAUACCGUCACCCUCAAAUGAUGCAGAAGAUGAUGAUGCAUCAAAGCUCAUGGGUACUUGGCAUGAACAAAGCUUUGUUUGGAGCCAGCAAGAUUUAUUUGCUAAGUGCAGUAUCCCUGAGGCUAGAAAGUACCAUGACAUUUCUGAAUUGGGGAAUAAUUUAAAGGAACAGGACCUGUCAUUAAAUGCAGUUAAUGAUUCUUUACCCUUGAAGCAGCAGACUUUAUCAUCUAAUAGUGAAACUAAAAAUAGAGGCACCCAGUGUGUAAGAGACAUUUUGGAUUUGGUAUCCAGCACACAUCAUUGCCAAAUAACUCCUCCUUCCCAAACACAUUCAAAUGAUCUCUUUGGUGCAAAUCACGAAUGUUUAAGUCAGUAUCUGGAGGAUUCAUUUCCCAGAAAGCAAGAACAGCUGCAAAAUGUGAAAACCCCAAGUAUUACCAUAAAAAUAUCCACUACUACUGAAUAUCAUACUAUUUUGAUGUCUAGUCAAGUGGCUGUGUUUGGUCACGCAGAAAUAUAUGAGCAAGAUGCAAACAUUGAGCAAAAAGAAACAAAUAAUUCAGGUCCCUCCAGAGAGCUGAAAUCAGCAGUUUUUACACCAUUUAUUUCCCAGGAAUCCAGAGUGCUUAAUAAGAAUGCACAAGACUCUAAUACAUGUUCUGUUGAACUUUUUACUCCCUCAACUAAUGAUGUCCAAAAUAAUCUAGCUCUGAGCCUUGAGCCAACAAGGUAUCAGAAAAAUGGAAACGUAGUGGAGUUUUCUGAAAAGUUUAUUGAUGACUCAUCUAAAAUAACUGAGCCUGAUGGAGCUAGGGUUCCAAGUUCUAAAAGACUGAGAGCUUGUGAAGAGGUUACAGUCUCUUUUCACGCACAUUAUGAAAAGCAGCAGCAAUCUAAAAAGGCUAAGAAGUCAAUUUCUCCAGAAAAACUAGAAUAUACGAGUUUAAUGAGAAAGUUUAUGUUGCUCAAACCAGCCAAAGAAUUGUCUUUUCUACAGCACUGUUCAAGUAAGAGUAAAGAAUAUAAUGUUUUGGUUAUUGUGGUGCAGCCAUGUCAUAUAAAGGAAGUUCAUGUGAAAACUGGACCAAAUGGCGGCUCUUCAGUUGCACUUGCAACAAUUGUAGUAUUGGACCAAUCUGAAGUUGAACGUAAAGUUGUUUUGUGGAGAGAAGCUGCUUUUUGGACCUUAGCAGUUUAUCCUGGGGACGUUCUAAUGCUCACAGGGGUGUCAGUUUGUGAAGACAAAUGGCAUAAAGAGACCAUACUGCAGUCUACAUCUAGGAGCUGCAUGUUAAAUCUUGGGAGUUGUUCUAAUUUGUGUUCUCAAGACAUUUCCCACAUGGUAGAUAACACUGCUUUGCAUUCACUAUUGCAGUAUAUAUCCGCCAAACACUGCUAUCUAAGAGAGCUCCCUCCAAAGCAGCCUCAGAAAUUAGACCAUAUAUCUUAUGUACACCUUGACCAGCUUCAACCGGACAUGUUAAUACAUUCAAUUCUGAAAGUUAGUUCUAUUUCUAUGUUAACAGAAUGUACAUAUCAGUAUAAAGGACAGCGACAAAAAAAAGUAAUCCUGACCCUAGAAGAGGUCAAAGGGCAUACUGGCAUAAUGGUGCUGUGGGGAGCCUGUAUCUCCUGGUGUGAUCAGAUCCAACAUAAGAGAGAUCACAUCUGGGAGUUUAGGAACCUAUUUGUUCGAAAAAAUUCAGUCUCUGGGGAAAUAGAGCUACAUACUACCCCAUGGUCAUCUUGUGAAUGUUUGUUUGAUGAUGACGAAAGGGCCGUGGACUUUAAAAAGAGAUAUUUUAAAAAUGAAGAACCUUUAACAAAACUAAUAGACCUUCCUGAUCUCCUGGAAGAGAGAUAUUCAGGUGAAGCUCUGGUUAAAGCCAGCAUAUCAGAGUUAGAGUUUCUCAUUCCUGGUCACCAUAAUAUUGUCAUGGACCAAGAUACCACUCUUACACAUAUUCUUGCACUUUUGCCUGCAAUUAUAUACUCGGGCUGUGGCAAAUGCAGGCGAGAGAUAGGAACAGACCACAAUCAAGUUUUUGAACAGUGCUUGUUCUGCUUGCCCUUCAACCAAGUUAAAAAGUUCUACAGACCUGCACGAAUAACUGCAGUAAGCGGCGAAAGUGGAAUUCGCAUCCAUGUGCCAUCAGAUGCUUUGGAUAAAAUCUUAUUAAAUAUAUCUCCUACAUUACUGGACAAAGCUGUAGUAAGCUCUUCAGAAGUCACUUAUAGAUAUAUUGUAGCAGAUCUGAUCCACUCGCUUUUGGCAGGGACAAGCGAGACCCACUUGCUAACAAUAAGAAGUCGUUUUAACCUUGACGAGAACAGCAUUCCGCUGGAGCAGGACUUUUUUCUAUUAGAUUUUCAUCUCAAUCUUUGAUGGAUUUCGAUAAAUACGCUCCUUUCUAUAGAGAUUUAUAAUGAAAGUAUUUUAUGAACUUAUUUGGAUUUUAUGAAAUAUUGAACAAUUAAUUUGAAUUUUUUCAAUUCUCUUUUUAUAUUUAGAAUCAAAAUGACAAUAAAAACAAAACUAACAUGA